CUUAAGUGUUGUCAAAACUAGCUUUGUCCCAAUGUGGAUUAUGCUGAAUUAUAUCUUCUAUAAUUUGUUGGAAGCCACUUGGAUUAUCAAGCUUCUUAACUCAAGCAUUGGAAGGGAAGCUAUAGCACACUCAGAAAAUCGAUGAGUCCCAUGACCAUGAUCACGACCACGACCACGAUGUUUCUUUAGACAUGUCAAGUGAUUCCCUGUGGCUACCAGUGUGAGAUUUGUCUUGUGAGUUGAGUUUCGACCACUGAUUUUGAUGGAGCUGAAAUCGUUCUCUUCUUGUUCUGCGUCCACAUCUGAGGUUGUCCAUGUUGGAAGAUCCUACUCCACUUUGUUCUCCAGUUUCAGGCACAAAGUUGGAGUUAGAUUUUCUACCCACUUCAAGUGCCGCAGAGGGUUGUUUUUGAGGACUUAUUGUGCCUCGGAUAACACUUAUUUGACAGAUAAAGCAUUCAUUAGUUCAGUUGGUCAAGAUAAUUUUGCAGCAGAAACGAGUUCCCAUCGAAUUAAUGGAACAAAUGGCUCAAUUUCAAGAUUCUAUUCCACAAAUCUGAAAUUACUUGAUGCCUUUGAUGAUGAGUAUGGGGGAGUUGUUGUUCAUCCGGAUAGGUUACCAUCCAACCCAUAUACCUUUGCAUCUGUGUUGCGUUUGUCUCUUUCUCAGUGGAAAAAGAUGGGAAAGAAGGGAAUUUGGCUUAAGUUGCCCUUAGAACAAUCUGAUCUUGUUCCAAUUGCUGUGAAGGAAGGCUUCCAAUACCACCAUGCAGAGCCAGGAUAUGUGAUGUUAACUUACUGGAUUCCUGCCGGACCUAGCAUGCUUCCAGCGAAUGCAUCACAUCAAGUUGGAGUUGGGGGAUUUGUCAUCAAUGACAACAAUGAAGUGCUUGUAGUACAAGAGAGACAUUGUUCUCCAGCAACUCUUGGUCUUUGGAAGAUACCAACCGGAUUCAUUCUUGAGGCAGAGGAAAUAUAUACAGGAGCUGUAAGAGAAGUGAAGGAGGAAACUGGGAUCGAUACAGAUUUCAUUGAAGUCAUAGCAUUCAGGCAUGCACAUAAUGUGGCCUUCGAGAAGUCAGAUUUGUUCUUCAUCUGCAUGCUAAGACCCCUGUCAUCUAAGGUCAUUGUUGAUGAUCUUGAAAUUGCAGCAGCAAAGUGGAUGCCCCUGGUUGAGUUUGUAGAGCAACCACUCAUCCAAGAAGACUCCAUGUUCAAGAAAAUCGUAGAUAUCUUCAUUGCUCGUCUUGGGAAGCGAUAUUGCGGCUUAUCAACUCAUCAAGUAGUUUCAAAGUUUGACGGCAUGGUGUCUUCCUUAUACUACAAUGUCAUCGACAAUGAAGAUAACUGUGUUGGAAAAUGAGGACUCGAACACGCACCACUCUUGGCUUCUCAAAUGUCAGCAACAAGCUGAAAGCUGGGCUAACCACUAGUGCAGAUAUCCAUUGUGAUAUGUAAACAUGCAAAUGACAAUUUAUCCCUAUAGUUAUAAUGUAUAUAAAUAUCUCUGAUAACGUUCGUGUGGAACAUGCUUGAUCAUCACAGUUGUUCCACAUUUUGACAUUUACUAAUGAGUAAUGAUUCUUGCAAAUAGAACAUUAACUAUA